AGACUUGGAACAGAGACAGAAAGGGGGAAGAGAGAUCAGAUCUCUAAAAGUCUUGUCCGGGCAAUUCGCGGCAAUUCUGUUUAUGAUCUUCUCAAAAGAGAAACAAUAUUUUCGAAGUGACUGUUAUCCCCGGCUACCAUGAAAAUCCUCUGUAAAGCCAGAGGGGUCCUUACCCAAUUUACCCCGAGAAUAUAUACCAGGUGUUUCAGCAAGCAUCGGACGCUUUAUAUCCCACAGAAUUUUUCAGAGUUUGAAGAAAUUAAACUACAUUACAAACCAGUUGUUCCAGAAUAUUUCAACUUUGCGAGCGACAUUUUAGACAAGUGGUCUGCAAUUGAAAAGGAUGGUGGGCGUUCAUCCAACCCAGCUCUUUGGUGGAUAGAUGGUAAAGGAAGUGAAAUCAAGUGGAGCUUUGAAGAGCUAGGCUUCCACUCAAGGAAAGUGGCUAACCUGUUAUCGGAUGGUUGCAACUUGAAUCCAGGGGAUCGAGUAAUCGUUAUUUUACCUCGAUUACCAGAGUGGUGGCUUUUCAAUGUCGCAUGUUUAAGAGCAGGUUUGAUUCUGAUUCCGGGGACAACACAACUCACGGCCAAAGACAUUCUGCAUCGACUACAGACUUCAAAGGCCAAAUGUAUCAUAACCAGUGAUGAACUUGCACCACAUGUAGACUCCAUAUCAACCCAAUCUCCAUUAUUAAAAACCAAAAUUAUUAUUGGAAAGAAAAGAGAAGGAUGGGUGGACUAUAAAAGCUUAUUUCAGGCUGCCGAUGACAAACACACCUGUGUGAAGACCAAGGGUACCGAUGCAAUGACUAUCUACUAUACAAGCGGAACAACAGGUUACCCAAAGAUGACUGAACACAGUCACUGCAGCUUUGGUCUAGGCUUGGGUGUAAAUGGCAAAUAUUGGCUGGACCUGAUCCCUUCAGAUAUAUUUUGGAAUACAUCAGACACUGGGUGGGCAAAGUCUGCCUGGAGCAGUGUUUUCGCAACCUGGUUUCAAGGCUCAUGUGUAUUUGUUCACAGCAUGCCCCGUUUUGAUCCAGGGACUGUGUUAGAAACUCUCUCCAAAUAUCCAAUUACAGCAUUUUGCUCAGCACCAACAGCAUACCGAAUGCUUGUAUUGCAGGAUCUUUCGGGAUACAAGUUCAAGAAUUUGAAGCAUUGUGUUAGUGCCGGAGAACCCAUCAACCCUCAGGUUAUGGAGCAAUGGAAAACAUACACAGGACUGGACAUUUAUGAAGGAUACGGACAGACUGAAACGGUGAUUGUUUGUGGAAAUUUUAAAGGCAUGAAAAUUAAACCUGGAUCUAUGGGCAAAGCUUCCCCAGCAUAUGAUGUUCAGAUAGUUGAUGAAAAUGGCCAGAUCGUGCCGCAGGGAAAAGAAGGUGAUAUUGCCAUCAGGAUAUCACCUAAUCGGCCAUUUUGUCUGUUCUCACAAUACACGGAUGAUCCGGAGAAAACGGCUUCAACGAUAAGAGGACAGUUUUAUCUUACAGGAGACAGAGGUAUUCAAGAUGAAGAAGGCUAUUUCUGGUUUGUUGGACGUUCUGAUGAUGUUAUUUUAUCUUCAGGAUACCGUAUUGGGCCUUUUGAAAUAGAAAGCGCUCUCAUUGAACAUCCAUCUGUUGCCGAAUCUGCGGUAGUAAGCAGCCCAGAUCCAAUCAGAGGAGAGGUUGUAAAAGCGUUUAUAGUUCUGGCACCUGGUUAUGAAGCACAGAACCUAGAAAAACUGACCGCUGAGCUACAGGAAUAUGUGAAAAAAGUAACAGCCCCCUACAAAUAUCCACGGAAGAUAGAAUUUGUCCAGCAGCUCCCAAAAACAGUCAGUGGAAAAAUUAGAAGAAAUGAACUGAGGAACAAAGAAUGGGGGAAAAUUUAGGCUUUUAAA